AACGAAAACGAGGUCUUAUAUACUGGUCUUGACUCUUGAGAAAAAUGGCGUCCGCAUUGGCAAGGAUUGCUGUCCGGAAUGUUGCUCUUCCGAGACGAGUCUUGGGGGCUACCACACAAAUGAUAUCAAGAUUAGGUUCCACUGCACCACCAACACCACCUGUGACUCCUGUGAGUGGGCCUGAUUGGGAAGACAAAGGCUGGAAAAAUGAUGGCAUGGGUAUAGGCGAUUAUCCAAAUUUGCCUGAGCAUUCACAACAGUUACGAAACCCUUACCUCACUUACUGGGAUCAGCAAGAUAGGAGAAACUUUGGAGAACCACUCCAUGAAGAAGAUGAUGCAAUUGGCAUGUGGAUGCCAGACAGACAUGAUGAAUCAACAACAACUGUUGCCGAGGCCUGUAGAAACCUUGCCAUUGCAUUUGGUCUGCUUGGCUUUGUCUACUAUCUGUCAACAUUCUACAAUGAAGAGAAUUCUAGUGAAGUGGUUCCCAGAAUGUAUCCAUUCAACAAUCUUUAUCUGGAAAAUGGGGGUGACCCAAACGCAGAUCCAAGCACACAACCUGUUAAGCGUAUCACAAAGUCAGUUUAUGGUUACUAGAGUGGACUGUAGAUGUAUAUAUAACAAUUAUUUGUAAUUUCUGUGUUGAAAUAAUCAUUCUGAUUGCUUGA